AUAAAAUUUCACAUGGUUUAAAAUUUUACUGGUUACAAACAACUUCCUUUCACAGAUUACCGAGGCAGAACGCAGUGAGAAUAUGGAUAUUCACCGGAUUUUUGUGUCUGUUUAUCUUGUGGUUUUGUCAUGUGAUCAAGCUACUACAGAUAUAAGUGAAAUCAAAGAUAUUGCAGACUGGGAGGAGGCGGUUUCAGUCUGUUUCAACCGAGGAUGUGUUCUGGAAAGUAAUUUAACAGUCCUUUCGAAAUACCUUCAACAAAAUAACAACGUACAGAGUCUCUGGAGUGGAAGUUACAUAGCGAUGUUACCCUGGAUGGAAAUCUUAGGUUGUUUCAGGAUAAAAUGGAUGUAUAGUGUGGAAGAAAUAACGUUUGCAAAAAGCAUGAUUGAAGUGAAUUCUGCUGUAUGCCAACUUAAAUGUUCCCAUGCGAGGUAUUUUGCGGUUAACUCUGAUACAAGCCGAUGUGUGUGUUUUGAUGACCAGGGACUAGUAAACUCACCAAGCCUAAGUGCUGAUGAAUGCUUAAAACGUUGUUUGAUCAAUAAUACAGACUGUUUUGAACUUGUAUUUACGUAUAAAAUUUUAAAUGAGACUGAUUUACAACUUGAUAUUCCAACCGAUACUCUUAAAUCGUGUGUUUAUUCAGACUGCAUUUCGUCUCAACAGCGGUAUGAAAAAGACUAUUGUAGUAAACCAUAUAUUGCUCUGUGCCGGGAUGGUCAGAAUGCCGUCCAUUCCACUGAGUAUGCAUCAUAUGACGGUUUACUAUGGGGAUGUUUGUAUCAAAAAGAUACAUUUCCCCUGUUGUUUUCUGCAGACAUUUGUGAUUUAGAUCAGAGUAGCACACAGCACUGGAUUGGUGUAAGAAGCCAGACAUUACAUAUUCAUUACAUGGAUCAAUAUGAUGUUACGUUUGAGACUGUUAAAGACAGAAUUGUCAAAUGUGGUCACUACAACAGAAGUGGUAUCAAUUUUGGUAAUUGUAGUAUCCAAAAUCACUUCAUUUGUAAAACAGGUUCAUUCGAAACUACUGAAGUUUUCACUACUCUAACAUCUAUUGGGACAACACAUCUACAGAACGGUCUCACCGAAGUAACUGACGGAUCAAAUACUUCAAACUUUACAGUGACAACAGGUCUUCAAAACGCAACAUUGGAAAGGCAAAAGAAAGAAGACAGUACCAGUAUCAGUGCAUAUACUAUUAUGUUAGCUGUUGUGAUGGUAAUUUUAGUCAUUGGAAUAAGUGCGAUGACAAUUUUUGUCCUAAUGAGAAAAUUUCAUACAAAGAAUGGGAGUGAAAGCCGUGAAAGCCGGUUGUCAAAUCUAAAGCACAACUCCACAAAGAUUACAAUGCAUGCCAAUUCUAAUUACACUGAUAUUGAUAUCAUUCGGCAAGACUCUUUUGCACAGGAAGUUGUCAACACAAGAUAUAUCGAUUCAGCAAAUUCAACUAAUGGUGACUCCAUACUUUCACGAGAAAUCUUUGAAAAGGAUGGCAAGCCUAAUAGAGAUUAUCAGAUAGUACGGAAGCACUUCAAUAAUAAAGAAACUAAUACAAAUACAGUGUCUCCUAGGGAAAUGAAUUCACAAUCAUUAAUUAAAACAGUUUUAACAAUAAAACCAAGUCAAGACUCUUUAGUUACAUCAACGAAGAGCGGAGAGGCUGUUAAUAUAUUCACUAAAAACCCAGAUUAUGAUCAUUUAAACGAUUUUAAGGAGGAUACGAUUAGUGAAGGGAAAGUAUAUGAUCAUGUUAUGACUGUGGUUGAUUCUGAUCCAACAUACGAUCAUUUCAAAACUAACACCAAACCAAAAGAUGAUAACUACGACCAUGUCAGUGUUAAGUGAUAAUCUUAUACUAGUAUACAAGAAAAUUCCAAGAGCAUAUACAAUGUGUAAAGUCUGCAAAAUUUUAAAUAAUAAGGAACACUGUUUUAUUUAUUGCCAAAUCAGUAAUAAUGUUAGAACUCCCCUUAUGAUUGCAAUUUAAACCCAUUAUCAUAAUUUUAGCCAGCUUGACUCAAACUCUAAAUUAGACAACUAUUCUAGAUUCCAUUAAAGGUACUUAGUAUAAUGUUACGGGCUAUAUUAGGCAAUUGAUGGAGUUUCGAAAAUGAGGUCUACAAUGGUCAAAAAUGAAAACAACACGUCAUAAAUUUUAUGCGACCGAAGCGCUUUACUGGAUUAAUCUUCAUCAGUAACGUAAAAGUCGAAUAUUUGAAGGCCAAAUAUGUAUAAUAAUCUAAACAGUUGAACAGCUGUAUGACUGUAUAAAAAUAAACAAAUAGCCAAAUUUAUAUAUGUGCAUGUAAUGUUUGCAUCUUAACAUGUCAGGGCUUUUUUUUUGCAAUAAAGAUAUUUAAUGUAUUAAUU